AUGGGUCGUCGUAAGAUUGAUAUCGCAGAGGUGAAGGAUCCCAACAGCAAGCAAGUUACAUUCUCCAAGCGCCGCUCAGGUUUGUUCAAAAAGGCAUACGAAUUGUCUGUAAUGUGCGGUGUAGAACUUGCUAUUGUUAUGUUCUCUCCUGGGAAAAAGCCUCACUCUUUUGGCCACCCAAGUGUUAAUGCUGUUGCAGACAAAUUUCUUCGGAAGAAGCGAACGUCAAAUGUUGUCAGAGCAAAUUAUGUACGAGAAAAUGACGCACCUAAUGAAGUUGAUGGCAUGGAGAGGUUAAGCCAACAGUUAUUUUCCGUUGAAGUUCACAUAAACGAGGAACACGAGAAGGCAACGGAACUUGACAGGAGAGAGAAAGAACAAGAAGCUUCACAAGCCCAAAACAAAGAAUUGCAAAAUUCACCAGUGCUCCAGCGUAUGGUGGAAGAUUAUGUUGAUGCGAUGGAGGUCUCAGAGUGUAUGUUGCUUCUGGCAAAAGAACCUGUAAUUGGAAUAUCAAAUCGUGCAAUUACCAAGAGAAGAAGAAGAAGAAGGAAUUGA